AUGUCAUUCUACAGCCAGAACCAAAGUCAAAAUCAGGGCUAUAACCCGCCACAAAACCAGCAGGCCUCGUCGGCACAAAACUUACAGUUCUUCCCUACGAAUUUCAACACAACUUCAUAUGGGCUUGGCGGACAAGCUGGCGGCAAUGUCCCGUCCGUUGGUGGCACCAUGACUCCACAAGGCGGUCGAUCCGGCUACUCUUAUGGCGUUGAUUCGCAAAGAGAACGUCUUUCUACCGGUAUUCUUGCUGCUUUUGGCACCUCGGGCUAUCCUGGAGAGCCUCCUCUAUUAGAAGGUAAGAUCACGCUGGAUUCAAGCUUCCUACAGCUUUCAGGAUCUUUCGGAUCGGAAAUGGUACUAACAGCAUGA